AAAAUAACACUUCGUGGAUAUCUUCAUAAUGAGCUGCUACGGAUAUAUCCGUUCCAAAAAGAUGUACACUGGCAGUAAUAGAAUCAGGAAUAAAAAGGGAUUUAAACCAUUACUAAAAAAGUGUAACACUGAUGACGAGACAGAUCUUGAAUGCAAGCGCGACUUUGGGCGCUUCCACCCCUAUGACGGCAGAAUAAACUUUAAGCACUGCAUUAACCAGGUUCUCAAAGAAGGAUUUCACAUUUUAUCAGAAGUGAAAUAUCUUCUCCUCAUGUAUCGUAUGGACCUUUCUUUCGAGGAAGAGUCUAGCCUUCCUCAGAGGUGUCUGCAUAACCGGUAUGACCACGCCGAGAUAGAUCUCAGAAAUCUGUACUACACUGCUCACCGAGCUGAAGUGGACGCAGCACACGAUACGCGUGGCGCCAGAAUUAAGCCAGGCUUUUCUGACGAAACCAUCGGCCAGGUCGAAUGCGAGGGGUACAGAGGGAAUGCUCAGGACUACGUGGAUGAAGCCAAAAGGCGCCUUUCUAUGAGCAAGACCCCAAAGGAGAAGGAAGUCCACCGCAAGAAGCUUCAGUUGUUUGAGUCCAUGCUUGAGUUACAGAAAAUAAGCAUUGUGCCAGAGCAUUUAAAGGGACCAAGGUUGACCUUGUAG